GGGGAGGUGCAGAAAAAACGCUUCUACGAUUUAUUUCCGCAAACGUAUUUUACUUUCCAACAAAUUUCUUAACGAACGAACAAAGAACUUUCGAUAUCAUCAUAAUCAGCAGACAUCAUCCAUCGAACCAAAUCAAAAGCAUACAGACCAGACCACAUUAUAAUAAUUCCCAGGAAUAACUUCACUCCGACCACAUUGUAGCACAUCGCUUUACCAUGGCACACGCACAUCUGGGACGCGUUGUUAAAACCAUUGAGACACCGCGUCCGUUAAAGUCUCAGUCAAGAUCGUCGUUGAAGAACAGCUACAUGGUGAUCGAGGAGUUGAUUCAGUUGAUAGAUAAUGUCACAGUUGGACUGCAAUCGUGCAAUACAACCACCGAGUCAAUAACAUUGCUAUUACAUAAUCUACGUGUUCAUGGACCUCAGUUGGAGGCAGUGUCCAAGGAUACUUUGGAUCGGGCAUUCGUUGUGUUUCGCAACGCUUCGCAGGACGAACGUCUGAACAUAAUGACCCGUCUCAAGUUGCUGGAAUUGAUUGAAUUACGUGCCAAAAGCUGGGAAGAUAACGAUACAAUUGCCUACUACAAAGCCAAGCAGCAGGUCUCAAAUGUAGAGAUACCCUCUGAAGCAUAUUCACAUGAUGCAGGCGGUCAGCAGGGCGGUUUUCUUAGCACCUCCCCCACAUUUAAUGUCGGCGGCGGUGGCGGAGGAAAUAGUGUCCCAGUUGGUGCUUCAAGUGGAGCUGCCGCCGCCGCCGUUGCAGCUGCAGCGGCUGCUUUCAAUGCUGCCGCUGUCCAGGCAGCGGCCAUUGCUGCCGUUGGCUCACCAAAUCAGCAGCAUAUGUUGCUGCCACCAGGUGAAGUCAUACGCAAUUCAGGAAAAUUUCCCAAGCCAACUAAAAUUCCUGGAAAAACCUAUUGCAAGGAUGAGGUGGUUAUACGUAAUGCCGAUUCGGGCAAAGUUAUGGGCAUUAAAGGCCGACGUGUACACAUGAUUGAGGAACUUAGCGAAACAAUAAUAUCGUUCCAAAGAGUGAAUCCUGGCGCCAAGGAACGUCUUGUACAAAUUACUGGACCUGCUGAAGAUAAAAUUAACUAUGCCAAGCAACUGAUGGAAGAUACCAUUCGUCGGAAUGCCUCGCCAGUGCGUUUGGAACCAGUCCCUGCUGCUGGCGGCGGUGGCGGCUCUUGCUCAUCAUUGAACUCAUCCAAUUCGGAUGACGUUGUUCAGCCACGAACACCUGGAGCCGGCUCUGGCAGCAAUCUCGCAAAUCGUUUAAGCUUCAAUUCGGCUCAGAAUUUUAUGACUGCUUCAGCUGCAGUGCAGCAAAUGUCUCAGCAUCACCAGCAACAGGUUGCCGCCGUGCAAGCCGCACAAGCGCAAGCUCAGGCCCAAGCCCAAGCCCAGGCAACGGCAGCUGGUAAAGUUUUGCGCCCAAAUCAACAGCUUUUAAUGCACUCAUAUUCCACAAACGAUGCUUCCGUAGGUGAAUACAAAUUCACAGUGAAUGUGGGUCAGCAUCUGAUUAAGAUAACCGGUGAUUGCUGUGAGCUAGUUAGGGUGGCCAAGCUUGUUUUGGAUGAUUACUUCAGUAGCUCGGAGUUUUUGGCUUCCAUUGAGGCUGGAGCUGCCUUUGAUGGCACUUCCUUAGUGAGUCCAGUGACAACACCAUCCACGCCAUUACCCGGAUCUGGCCCACCACAAUUUAUGAUGGGCAAUCCACUGCCAUUGGCCGACAGUGGCAUAGGUCUUAACUAUUCUGCUUCUUCAAUUAACAAUAACAAUAAUGUGGAUGGAGACGAUGAAGUUUUUACCGAGGGAGGAACAAAUAAUUCAGUUUCUAGCUCUCAAAACGGUCUGGCUCGUUCGCGCCGCAGCCACUUCUCACGCAAGGAGUCUACACCCGAAAUCAAGGCAGCACGUGAAAAACAGGAGCAAGAGGAUCGAUCUGGUGGUGCUUUUAAGACAAGUGCAUCACGCAUCUCUUAUGAUAUUGAACACUUGAUCUAUUACUCGAAGAGUCCACAUGCUUGGGGAUUGCCCGAUGAUUGGCAGAAAAUAAUAGAAACUCACCCAUCGAUUAUACGGAAUAAGGUAAAUCAGCAAACUGAAUCAACAACGGCUGGCAAUGCUGAAAAUAAAGACAUCUUCACAACCAACACCCAAGCACCCAAUAAUAGCUCAUCAUCAGCUAAAGCAACCACUGCUAGCGAUACUACUAUAACAACCUCUACCACAUUACUAUCAUCUGCUUCUCCCGUUGUAAAUUCUGUAACUAACAAACAAUCAGAUUUAAUCACUGUCACAGUGGAUAACACAAAUCAAGAUCGCAAGAUCACCACAUAUGAGCGCGAAACUCGUGAACGAGAUCGUGAUCCCAUUGAAAAUUAUGUAACUAACAAGCAAUCAAAAUAUAUCACGGUCACAAUCGAUAAUACAAAUGAUCGCAAGAUCAUCACCUAUGACCGCGAAAAUCGUGAUCGAGAUCGUGAUAUGCGUCGUAAUGCUGGGCAUGGCAACAGCAUUUUCGGUGGCUAUAACUUUGCGAUCAAGUCCAAUUCGGCAACAGCUUUAUCUGAUCGCAAUUUAUAUAAUAAGCAAUUACAAAUUAUAACAAAUGCCAUGGAGUCGGCAGCCACAACGGGCCCGAUUAAAACUGGCGUUGGCUGCCGUCAAGUGAAAAAUGUAUUUCAACGAUAUUGCGAAAAUGAUGAGUUUUAUGAUCAUGGCAAAGAAAUGCAAUGCAACCAAGAGUUAAAUAACAAUCGAACUUGUAAUUAAGGUUCUUUUUAUAAACGAAAUUUGUUCGUUUAAUUUGAAAACACGAAUGAUCUCUUUUUUAGUUCCAUUAAUUUUACUGAAUAAGUUUAUGUUCCUUUUUUGCAACUUACCAAAUAUUAAGAAACUCGUUAAUUACUGAUAUGAAAUCAAUCAAUACAACAGAAGUUUGUAGAAUUUAUAUUCAUAUAUAACAAUAUAUAUACUUUUUAGUUUUUGUCGAUAUUUUUAGAGUAUGUCUUAGACACCAACAACACACACACACACACGACAUUUACAAAUGUAACACCAACAAAAUUAAUUCAGAAUCUGUGUUUUGGCUGUGAAACAGAUUUAGUGUUCGCUAGACUUAAACGAAAGAAAAAAGACGACAAAGAAACAAACGAUAAGAAACUCAUUUACAUAUAAAACAUACAUAUAUUAUAUAUCACUAACAAUCGAAAACGCUCAUCAUCAAAAAAACAUACUGACGCAGUUGUUGCGAUUUGUAAUAACGUCAUAUUUUUAAAGAAUUUCAUCUACCUUUUUUAUUCUGAAAACUAUUCGAUGGUUUUCUUACUUUCUAAUAAUCUAUUCGAAUGCCUACAUGACAUUGCUAUUAAUAUUACAAAUGGAAAUGUGAUUAACCAGAAAUGUAAUUAAUGUUUAAUAUGACUUUAAGACGGGCUAAUGUAACAAAACUAAUUAUAAGCCUUUGUUUUCUCCCAUCCCAUCCACAUAGAUACUCGAUAAAUAAUAAUAAUAAGAAAAAAGUAAAAAACAAAGUCCUAAAAGCAUUUUGGUUAUCUCACAUAUCACCAAGCUCAUACUACCAUUAUCCCAAUACCAAUCUCACUGACCAGCACGCACCUAAUAAAAACGGCUAAUUGUACACA